AUGUUGUGUGCCACACUGGCCCAGCUGGCCACACCACAGCAAGCCGAAUGUCUCGAGUCAAGAUGCCUGGAGACAUUCCAGCGGUGCGAAUUAUUUUUCAGUGCACAUAGCAACAUCUGCAACAAUAGGAACAUUCAGUUUUUAGCAGGUCACUUUUUUUUUCUUCGCCCAGAGAAGCUGCGGAAGAGCGCGCCGAGCCGGAUCGUGAAUGUGUCAUCGGACUCCCACUGCAGCGGUGACGUCUCGCAGCUGGAAGCGAAGGCGCGAGGAAGAUGCACGCUGCGCACUCCCUUUUCGGUGUACUCCAACAGCAAGCUGGCAAUGUCCCUCUACACCGUCGCGCUGGCCGACAAGCUCAAGAACACUGGCGUCACUGUAAACUCCCUAAAUCCUGGCCUGGUGCAGACUCCCAUAGCAAGCCAUGGAUCACUUUUGCGGAAACUGAUUAUUCAGGUUGGCUUGUUCAUCAAAGGAAAGACGGCCGUGCAAGGCGCACAGACAACCAUACAACUGGCGGUGGACCCGGCGCUCGAUAAGACCACGGGCGAAUAUUUCGAAGAAUGCGUGCUCGCCGUCGAGCGCUACCGUAACCCGCUGCUCAAGGACCGGGCGCUGGCCGAGGAUGUCCUUCGAGCUUCCGUCAAGCUUGUCGGAUUUGACCAGCUGCGGCUGCAAACGGCCAUCGGCAGCCCAUGAGCGGAUGCUGCUUCUCGUCGCACCUGUGGACUUUUGUUCUAAAAUCGGGUGGCUCUUCAGUGGGCAGGAUCAGCGUCACGUGUGCACCGUCGGUGAGACCCCUUCCUGCCGCGCGGGCAAUAAUAGCGAUGGUUCCACAUUCCCCGCCGCCCGCGUGUAGCUUUUGAACUGCUAAAUGCGCUUUCACUCCAGACGUUGGACUGCAGUUAAUU